CUCCAGUUCAGGGUGCUGCUGGCGUUGCUGCUUUUGUGCUCCGCUAAAGCCACUCCCACGACAGAGACACCUUCGGCGCUGCUGCCCCUGGAGGCACGCAACGCGGACAUUUCGGGCGAGGAGGAUGUCAUCUCCACGAGCUAUGUGCUGCCCAAUCAGAUCUUCAACGAGGGCAGACCCUACUAUCCACGGCACGAUCCCGUGUCGGGGCAGCUGGACUUCAGUGCCAAAAAGCAGGCCGGCAUUCAGCCCGAGAUCAACGAGGUGCUCGAUCCCAAUGAGAAGAUUGUGCUGAGCGGCGCUUCCUCGCCCAACAUACACGACUUUCUCAAUCUGCCCGUGAAGUACUCGUCCUCGAAGUUUGUCUAUCCGCUGGUCUCCAGCUCGUAUGCCAACCUGAAGUAUCAGGGCAGCAACAAGAAUUACAUAACCAACAAGAAGCCCACCUCCGUGGUGGCUCCUGUGACGCCUCCGCCGCCCAGCUACCACAGCUCGAACUACUUUACGGUGCCCACGACAAAGCUCACGGCUGUGACACCCACUGCAGGAGCUUAUUAUCCGCAUCCCAGCAGCAGCAGCAGCAGCACGACCUCCACGACCAAGGCAACAACCACCACAGCAGCAACCACCACUACGAGAGGCACUUUGCCACCAUCCAGGAGACCCAUUCCCGUGACGACAACAACAACAACUGUUCCGGUGGCCAAGUACACGACCACCUCCCGUCGGCCCAUACCGCUGCACGCUGCAUCCACAACCACACAGGCGCCACGCACCAGCACCACCCGCAGGAAGUUUGUGCCCACCAAGAAGUACAGCCCCACACUGCUCAGCACCACCAGCAGGACACCCAUCGAGCAGGAGGAGCGACGUCCCACAACAACAACAACAACGCACCAGCCUCGUCCCACGCCCAGCAGCAGCGAUGUGGCAUUCACCACGCACCAUGCCACACCCCAGGCAGCCAUCUUUCCCACAGAACCCACAACCACCACGAAAAUGUACACCACAUCCAGCACGAGUCCACCUGUGGUCUUCACGGAGGGUCCCACGCCACCGCCGCCCUUCAGCCCCAUACCAGGCACGGGAAUACCGAAUCUGGAUCCUGCGGAUGUGUACCACACUUUGGGGCAGAAGAACACGCAGGCGGAGGAGCAGCAGUUGCAGAAGGAGCAGCAAUUGCAGCAACAGCAGGAGUUGCAGUAUCAACAACAGCAGCAGAAGUUACAGCAACAGGAGCAGCAGCAGCAAAUGCAACAGCAACAGCAGCAACAACAACAGCAGGAGCAAUAUAUGCAGCAGCAACAUUUACAGCAGCAGCAGCAGCAGCAACAAAAGCAGCAACAGCAAAUGCAGCAGCAACAGUCACAGCAACAGCAGCAGCCACAGCAACAUCAGCAACAUCCGCAGCAGCAGUCACACCAACAGCAGCAGCAACAUCUUCAGCAACAAAAUCAGCAGCAACAUCUGCAGCAACAGCAACAUUUGCAGCAGCAACAUGAACAGCAGCAACAUCCUCAGCAGCAACAGCAACCACAGCCCCCACCAAGACCUCCGAUGACGCUGAGUGACAUUUUCAACAGCCUGGCCGAGGAAGAGUCUGCUGUGGCGCACAACUACCAGCAGAAUCAAGGAUUCGAUGCACAGGGAAAUCUCAUAGAACCGAUUGCGCCCUCAAAGCCAGCGCCAUUCGCCAUGCAACAGCCAGGCAGAGCACCUCAACGACCCACGACUCCUGGAGUGCCCAGCACUGCCGUACAGAGUCAAUAUCCCAGCGAUCCGAAGGUGUUAUCGGGCAGCCAGGAGAACUAUAGCAACGAGUAUGUCUCGUAUCAGGUGCAGCAGCCGAAUGUGAUGCAAUACCGACCCGUGCCGGGGCAAAUCAACAACGUUGUCAUCUCCCCCGGACAACAUUCGGCCUCCUUUGUGCUCGGCAGCCAGGUGCAGCAGGUGAGCGUGGGACAUCCCAGCGUGGAGAAGGAGACACUCUUUGCCAAGGACACGCCGGGCGUGCAGUACGGCCAGGUGAUCAACGAGGACAUUGGCAACAUCAAGCGACCAGUGGGACCGUACAAGCCGACAGCCCCGCAGGAGCCACCGAGCUACCAGCAGAUGCCGAAUGUGCAGCAGAACUCCAACUUCCAUCAGAAUGGAAACGCAGUUGGAACCACUCUGCCAGGCGGAUCUUACCAGGAGCCACCGCCAGAGGCGCCCAGCCCAUACCAGCAGCUGCCACUGAUCGGCUCCAACUUGCGACCCUCGAAGAAGCCAGCGUCCCCGAAGCCCGAACACACAGCAACAUCUUACCAGCCCACUCAGGCGACGACACCACCCACACGGCCGGCGAUGCAUGGCGAUGACACCAAGGAUCUUCUCGUCUCCAGCAACAUUCGCUUCCCCGUGCUGGCCGAGGAGUCCGUGGAGCUGGCAUCUUCGGCUGUUGUGCCCGGUCCUCCCGCAGGUCCCCACAUCAAUGGCCAUGCCCAGCCGCUGAGCCUGCAGCAGAUACACAACUCCAAUCCCGUGGUCUUUCCCAAGGUCAAAGACGAGGAGAUGCCCGCCGCCAAUGUGCAGAUCCAGCAGCACGAAGUGGUCAACCUCAGCCAGCAGAAACAACAAUUGAAAUUCCCGGCCCAGCAGCCUGGACAUGGCGAGCAGCCCUCUCGGGACAUGGAGCCGCCGCCACGCUAUCCCAGCACUUCGUCCGGGCCACAGGCUCCAUCCGCUAGCGGCAAUCGUACUCCCUUCUACAACGAAUUCACCCGCAAGCCUCAGGCUGGCCCACGGCCCAACAACUUGCCCAACAUUCUGCCACAGUUCCGGCCCAAUGCGAAGAUCUCCAACGGUCAUCCGCCGCCGCUGAAGCAGGAGGCCGGCAACAUCCGCCUGCCCACGCAGGGCAUGAAGCGUCCCUACAAUCCCUCUGCGCCGCCCCAUUUCGCCCACCGCCGCCAGCCCCUGCAGCAGCAGCAGCAGCAGCAGCAGAUGCUGCAGAAGCGCUAUCCCAUGAACCGCAUCUCCGAGUAUCCGGUGGGACCACAGGGUGUCGGCGGAGAUAUGAACAGACGCGUCUACCGCCUGCCACCCUACGGGGGCCAGAACAUGCCCUACCACCCGGAUCACAUGUACGCCCGUCGUCCCAAUGCUGCAGGUCCUGCCAAUGGACCGCUGCGAUCUGUCGAUGGCUACCCGGCAGAGCGACAUGCCCCAUCAGCAGGCUCCGAGCCCUACCAGACCAUCAAUGCUGAGCCCACGGCAGACUUUGAGGAGGAGGAUUUGGUGAUCAACGAUCCGCCACAGCCGGUGACACCCAGUAAGGAUCGCAUGGGCGUGGAGGAGACCAAACUGGAGCCCGUGGUUACGCUGCAGAUGCUGCAGUCCCAGAAGAAGGCGGUGAGCCUGCCCGGGGACGAUACGGGAGCAGGAGAGAUUCAAGUGACGGCCGACAAUGAUCCGCAGGAGGCGGAGGCCUCAAAGCUCAGUCAGCAGACAUUGGAUCCCAGUGGCAUGUACGUGGUGUUCCCCCUGAAGGGCGCAGAGAAGCAACAGAUCGAAGGAGAGGCACCUUCUGCGCCAGCGGAGUACCAGAACACUCCGUUCUCGGUGAUUCGAGACCAGCCACAGGAGCCGAUCCUGAAGAACAAGAAGCCGCAGUCGCUGCAGCAGCAGAACAAGGCCCAGCAGCUGCCCAAGGAGAAGUUUCCGUAUCCGAUUGAGAAGCCCGAUCCAUCGUACUCCGAGCUCCACUCGAAUCCCGAUUCGCAGGCCCAUGUGCCCGGCGUACUCAUUGCUCCCCGCAUUAUCCACGGAGCCUUUGGCACCGGAACUGAAACUCCCAUUGCCAUUGCAUACACGCCCACAGAGCCCAGCACCUUCAGGCGUACGUCUGCUGCUGUCGACCAGGACCAGAAGUUCUCCAACAUCAACCUGGCCACGCCCGUGAUUGGGGAGAUACGCCAGGACACCCAGACGGAGGAGGGACUCAGCAGCGACUUUGAUCUGCGCGGCCAGAACUACGAGAAGAACUUCAUGGCACCAUUCUAUCCCAGCGUAAGUCUGGGCGAGGGUGGAGCCAGUGGUGCGGCGGCAGUCAAUCCCACACUGAACAACUGGAACAUUGUGCCCUCCACCACGGAGCAGUCGAUCUACGAGAAGAAAAACAUCAACCGAGCCGAUGUGGAGCCAGCUGAGGAGACCAAGCGAAAGGAGUCGCCCACAGCCAGCGCACUGACAGCGGAGAAGAAUCCCGAGCUGGACAGCUUCCAGCCGCAGCUGCAGGGCGGAUUCAAGCCCAUCUAUCCCCCUGGCUACCAGCACGUGGAGCAGGUCGAGCAUGAAGAUGCCAAGAACAGAGACCAAGACCAGCCACAGGCAUUGCCUCUCGUCGCGGUCACCACGAGCACAGCGAAACCAGCGACGGCAGCCGCCAUUAGCAGCAGUUCAUCCUCCACAACCACAACCAGCACGACGUCCACCACCAACCAACCAGGAACAACGAAGGCCGCGGCCUCGACAACCACCCAGGCGCCCGCAGGCAGCGUAAAGCCCACGCAGCGCAAGAAGUCCACGUUUGAGACCAGCCUGGCGGCCCUCCUGUUCGGCGACGAGGACGAGGAGGAUGGGGCUCGCAAAUCCGCGGAGGUGCCAAAGGCCCAGGCCGGACCACGGAAUGUGCCUCGCAUGGGACCACGAAGUCUGACGCUCAGCUAAGUCGAGGAGUUCCGAGCAGUUAGUUUAGUCCAAUUUUAGUUUGUAUUAUUUAUUCAAAGUUCUUGCUAGCAGGGAAUCUGCUCAGAAGUAGAAGACGAUGUGGUAAUCUAGUUCUUGUUCUACAGCUUAUUCUUAGUCGUUAGCCCAUACACACACACACCCACGCACACAUUUCCCCCGCUAGAGCAUAUAAAGCCACCAACGAACCAUUAAAUCCCGUCUACCUAACGACCUUACGACCUUUUGCGAGUCUGAUUUGAAUUUACGUACGUAGAAAACAUUCCCAUUGGACUCCCGAAUCGUCGGAAAUGAGAUAAAAGAUUCUUGUAUUAUUCCACUUAACACAAACCUUAAAUAGUACUCACAAUUUUCAAGAUUAUUAUUUGUACUGUACCAUAGAAAUCAAUGGAAAAUAAA